UUUAUUUGGCUUAGAGAGGAGAGUAGGGGAGGGGAGGGGAAGGGAAUGAAGUACUUCAUUAUCCUGUAAGCCACUCGGCCAUUCCCCAUAUUUCAUGGUAGUGUUGCCUUUUAAACGCUGUAGCGCGGUUGAGUAAAUUUGUUUUCGCGUUGUGAUUUUAAAAGGGGUGGCAAAAUGUGUUGGUCCCAAAAAUGCUGUUAUGUGAUACCGGCGAACGUUGGAUGUGUGCUGAUGGGGAUUUGUAGUUUUCUAGUUUCCCUCUUCAUGCUAUCAGGGUCCAUCGCUUGGCUCAUCAUCAAGGAUGAAGAGACCAGGCAGAUGGCUACUCCUCAAGUCCAGUACAUGCAUACCUUCGGGCUGCAUCUAUCGAUGACUUCAGUUCGCAUCCUGAUGGUUAUAGCCAUUGUCGUCGCUUUAUUCGGAAUGAUAUUUUCUGUCAUGCUGGUUGUUGGUAUUCUAAAGAACAAACCAAGCUUCGUGCUAUGCUACUUCGCGUUCGGCAUCAUCAUCACGAUCGUGUGCCAGCUAUGCGCUCUGCUGGUGCUGCUGGAAAACUGCUGGAUCCUGGCUCUCAGCCUCUUCAUCGUGUCGUUGUUCCACAUACACUUCCUGGUGGUCGUGCACACGGUUUACGAGCUUAUGUUGAGGGGCAAAGACUUCAGAUUCCACCAGCAAGCCGACGAUGUAGAUCCCCUUGCUGAUUGCUUCGACGAAGACACUGAGACUCUCUAGAAUAUUCUUUAGUCAUUUAUUUUAAGACUUAUAAGAUAUUUUCUAGAUUUGUACAUAGCUGUUAAAAAUAUUCGAAUACAGGUAGCCUUCGGAUAAGAAUUCGAUAAGUUUCGUCAAAACCCAUCUAAAAAAAAUCUGCAUCAUGUGUUUGUGGAUAUCAUGUUGGCUGUAUUGCUGAUGAGAAGUUACGUGUUGCACUCGAGUGCAAAGAUUUUUCACCGCCGGCUCUUAUUAUCGCUGAGGAUUCUUAUUUUUGCAACACUCGUUGCACUUGCGUUUCCAUUUUAGAAUCCUUCGCUUGUUCGGUCCUCAAAAUCGAUUCCGCGGUUAAAAGCAACUUCGCACUCUUGUAUAACAAAUAACUAUUUCCUCUUUUUAAUAUCACAGUAAUUGAUGAACGAUGACGAUGAAAAAAUUGAUCUGUUUAAUACUUAUAAGAAGUUUGUGAGUAUCUUUUCAAUAAUUCUUUCUUGGAUCUCACUACGGUGGAUAAAAUAUGGCCAUACAAUGACCCCACGUUUGAAAGAAGCUUACGGCAAAGGUUCCUAUUUCAGCCUAUUCAUAAGUACAGGUAAACCAUUGAUCGGAUACCAAAGAUAUAUAUAACAGGUGAUUACCAACUAACCAGACCGAUAACAUUAAGAAAUAUGUACCUAUAGAUAGAAUAAGGAGUAUACGGCAGAUUAUCCUCACUAAGAGUACAAAGUGCCUUACAUAUUUAGAAGAUAAGUUAAGUAUAUAAUAAGUAAUUAUGUAGAUUAAAAAAAAAGUCUCGACAAAGUAAAAUUCAGUCAUUUGUUCAAUAAAAAACCUAAAAAUGGAUGGAAAAGAAACUACGUAUGACUUUAUAACAGUAUUAUAUAUUUUUUUUAUUAUAAAUAGACGUAUAGUGACAACUGUAACAAACUUAAUGACUAGCAUUUUAUGAAUAAACUUUUUUGUAAUUAAA